GGGUGCUUCUCAUUGCAGGCGUGUGACUUGCUUCUUUUUCAUCUCUCUUCGCCCACACAGGCUGAGCAUGUCAAGGCCCUCGGUUGGAUCGCCGCGAGAACGAUCGAUCUUCACCUUCAUGAUACUGAUAUUCAUAAGGACAAUAGCUGUACUACUGAUCGACAACAAAUCCUCCUGCAAGACAAAAUAUGAUCGAACAAUAUCGCCGAGGCAUCUGACCCCACACCGAUCUGCAGACUCGAUCUCCAGCUCGGCUGCUUUUUCAUGCAGUACCGAUAGACCGCCGAAAAAAAUGUGCCUUGAAGGAAAAAACCAGGAACUAACUCUAGAAAGCAGCUUGUUCACAACAGUCGGCGACCGUGGAACACAGCCAUUCAAGAUUACGCGCAAUGAAUCAAUCAUCAGAGGCCAAUGGCGAAGGCAGUAGCAGCAACAGGAACGCUGCAAACGGCAAUCAUGGCAAGGAGAGCUCUAACGACAAGGACAGCAACAACGAUGCUUCUCAGGAAAACACAGGAAAGACACAGCAGCAAUUGGACGAAGAGGCCGCUGCCGAGGCAAAGAAGAAGAGGGCUGGCCCUAAGAGAAGAAAAGUGACUCACGGUAAUUUUCAU